AGGAAGCCAGCAGUGACAUCACUUUCCAGAAUUCCCCUUCAAGCUCGACGAAGAGCCACAGCUACGAGGGCAGAAAAACAGAGAAUUAACGGAGUUUACUGCUGUCUGAGAACUGUUUCAGCUCAUUUCACAACCAACACACAUCAAGGAUGUCCCUGUAUCCAUCCCUGGAGGACCUCAAGGUCGACAAGGUUGUCAGGGCCCAGGCCCAGUUUGCCCAGACUGCUGCCCCCAUGCCGGCCAUUACUGAGGGAACCUACCAGCCUCAGCCCGCCACUGCUGUGAUGCCAUCAUCAAGCUUGUACCCAAACCUGGAGGAGCUGGGAGACUACAUGGGUCUGGUCCUUAACAGUGAUGAAGUCCAGAGGAACCUGGCCCUUAUACCUGUGGCUGACAAUCAAGUGGCAGUGCCCGCCAGCUCAGGUGUUGCUGGGAUGGUGCGGCCAGUGACGGGGGCGGACAUCGGCAUCAGGAGGGCAGAGAUCCGCCCAGGGCUGCGGGAGAUUAUCCUCUGCAAGGACCAGGAUGGGAAAGUGGGACUCCGGCUCAGGGCCAUCGACAACGGAGUGUUUAUCCAGCUGGUGCAGGCUAACUCCCCUGCGGCCCUGGCCGGCCUGCGUUUUGGUGACCAGGUCCUUCAGAUCAACGGGCAGAACUGCGCCGGCUGGAGCGUAGACAAGGCCCACAAAGCCCUGAAGGCGGCAGCCGAGACUCGCAUCGAGCUCGUGGUCAGGGACAGGCCAUUUCAGCGCACCGUCACCAUGCACAAAGACAGCUCCGGACACGUGGGCUUCAUCUACAAGUCUGGUAAAAUCACCUCACUGGUCAAGGACGGCUCUGCCGCCCGCAACGGCCUGCUGACUGACCAUUACAUCUGUGAAAUCAACGGACAAAACGUUAUUGGACUCAAGGUCAGGCACUUGUCUUUUCAUUAACACUUUGAAACCUUG